AUGCUUCCUGCAGUUCCAGCCACAGCUGUCCAGCUUUCCUGUUACGGUUGUAAAAGAGUGUUACAGGAGGGGCAGACUGCGUAUCAGAAGAAAGGGUCUGCUGAACUCUUCUGCUCCAGACUCUGCAUCAAUGAGUACACUUCAUCCACCAUCUCACCAGCUCCCAUCAAGAGGAUGUGCUUAAACUGCUCAAGAGACAUUUUAAAUCUGAAGGAUAUGAAGAAUGUCCAGUUGAAGGACAGUAGCUGCAACAAAAACUUUUGUAGCCAAUCUUGCCUUUUAUCAUAUGAAGAGAAAAGAAGUCCAUGCAUUGCCAUGUGUACUGAUAGCACUUUGCUGAGGUGCAGCAUGUGUCAGAAGACAUCUACUAAACCACCCAGAAUACUUAGAUCUUUUCCUUGCAAAACACUGAAACUCUCAGAUGAGAUGAUUGUGAUUACUAAUGACUUGGGGAACAUAGAGGUUUUCUGCUCUGUUUGUUUUUCUUCAUACAACAGUGCCGUGAUGGAAUCUUCGACAGUAAAUGUUUCCAUGGUACACAAAGCUUCAAAAGGAAAUCUUUCUUCAAGGAAAUAUCCAAUUCCAGUUAUAAGUAAUAUAAUGUCAUUAGUAAAUGAUCAUGUUGGCCUGCUCAUGAACGCUGAUCUCUUACAAGGUUCACUUUCUUCUAUUCCUACAAAUGUCAUUAUACAAAACUCACCCAGUGAAUCCAGUAGUAGUGUUGGUAAUAGUGUGGAACAGCCAAGGUUUCUCCUGUCUUCAUCAGUGCACGUUGAAGACACAGCUGGUCCCAGUGUGGAAGCACAGAACAACAGUAGGUCAAAGCAGGGACACAACAUAGAAUCUAUGGAAGUAAAUGAUAGACCUUGUUAUCCAAAGUCUACAUCCACAGUGCAAAAAGUUAAAAAAGAAUCACAAAGUAUUAGAAAAUCUUGGCGCUCAGGUUCUCAGCAUUUGAACCACAGUACUAGGAAUGAUGUUGCAUUCUGCUAUUCUUGCCACUUGUUCUACCAGAAAAAUUUUAGCUGCCAGAGACAAUCAUUUGCACCCCAAGGAACUGCUGACUGGGAGAAAAUGCUAGAAAAAUUCAGGAAGCAUGAAGAAAGUGAAAUGCAUUUAAAGUCACUGAAGUUUUGGAGACAGUACCACUUUCUGGAUGAAAUGCCACGUGAUGGUUCAUCUGUUUAUUCAAAACGUGUUGAGGGAAAUAAAAGGUACCUAAAGCUCAUCAUUGAAAACAUCUUAUUUCUUGGAAAACAGUGUUUGCUCCUAAAAGGAAAUGACCAGUCUAUCUCAUCCAUUAAUAAAGGCAAUUUUUUGGAAUUACUAGAAAUUAGAGCAAGAGAUAAAGGAGGAGAAGUGUUUCGGCGCAUGAGUUCACAUGUUGACUUCUAUUGUAGUACCCAAGUCCAGGAGGAGAUUAUUGAAAUAAUACAGGCUGAAAUCUUGCAAGACAUUGUGAGUGAGAUCAAUGUCUCCUCAGCUUUUUCAGUAAUAUGUGAGGAGACAACCGAUAUUGCCACUAAAGGACAGCUUUCAGUGUGUGUGAGAUACCCACAAAAAACCUCAAGUGCUGUUCUUGUUAAAGAAAGGUUCCUGGGGUUUGUUAAUAUUGAGAAGAUGGCUGCAGUCCCUGUACACAAGCAUAUCAAAGCUUACCUCCAGCAGGUCGGGAUUGAUUUUAAUAAGAUAUGUGGUCAAGCCUAUGAUAGUGCCACGAAUUUGAGAGUAAAAUUUAAUGAAGUUGUAACAGAAUUGAAGAAGGAAGAGCCACGAGCUUUAUAUGUACAUUGUUACGCACAUUUUUUUGAAUUAGCAGUCAUUAGUUUUUGUAAAGAAGUAAAAGAACUCCGGAGUACACUAAAUGCUCUUAGUUCUUUGUUCAACACUGUUCGUAUGUCAGGAGAAAUGUUGGCAACUUUGCAAACCAGGUGCAAACUAAGUCAAAAUAAAACCUGUAAAAAACACACAUCACAGACGUGCUGGACAGCCCACGAUCACUUGUUACUGUCUGUGACAGAAUGUCUUCCAGAGAUCAUUGAGACACUGAAUGCAGUGUCUCGACAUUCCUCAGGCACAGCUGUGGCUGACCAACUGAAUGAUCUGUUGGUGGUGGUUACCAAGUUUGAAUUUAUAUUCUGUUUGAAAUUUCUUUAUCGAGUACUUAGUAUUACAGGAAUUCUUUCUAGAGAGUUUCAGAGUGAAACUGUGGACAUCUUUUCUUUGUUUUCAAAAAUAGAAGCAAUUUUGGAAUGUUUAUCUUCUGAAAGGAGUGACAUGUAUUUCAAGAGUAUCUGGGAUGGAGCAGCUGAAAUAUGUAAAAAAAUUACCAGUAAGGGUUUUGAAGUUGAAAAGCCCGCCUUUCAAAAAAGAAGAAAAAUUCAGAAAACAGUAGAUCCUGGCAACUUGGAGAGUAUGUUUUGUCCUACUGCAGCACAUGAACACUAUAAAAUUAAUGUUUAUUACCAAGGUUUGGAUAGUGUAUUAAAAAAUUUAAAGUUAUGUUUUUCAGAGUUUGACUAUUGCAAAAUGAAACAAAUUUCAGAGCUAUUGUUUAAAUGGAAUGAACCCUUAGAUGAAGCAGCAGCAAAACAUGUUCAAGAAUUUUAUAAGCUUGAUGCAGACAUUAUCCCUGAACUUAGAUUUUACCGGCAGUAUGCAAAUCUCAAUUUUGUUACAGAUUAUGGAUCUUUAAGCUUCGUUGACCUUGGCUGUUUAUUUAGCCAGCAUGGUCUCCACAAUAAUAUUCCUUGUAUCUCGAAACUGUUACAUAUUGCUUUAUCUUGGCCAAUUACUUCAACAAAUAAUGAAAAGUCAUUUUCCACACUGCCUCAUCUUAAAAAAUACUUACUUCGUACCAUGGGACAAGAGAAAUAUACUGGCCUGGCUCUGAUGGCAGUUGAACAAGAACUGGUAAAUAAAUUGAUGGAGCCUGAAAGACUCGAUGGGAUUGUGGAAAAGUUUAUUAGUCAAAUGAAAAUACAUACAUAG